AUGUUCAGAUCACAAGCUCUAGCUCCAGCUCUAUCUCCAGUCAAACAGAUCCCUCAGCCUUAUAUUGACUGCCACAUUCUUUCUGUCCCUGUUCGAGACCAGAGGAACACCGUGCUGGCCAUGUGGCAACUACAGGUAUCUAUUCUGCUUUGGUUUGGAGUCUUUAGAUUGGAUUUUUCCUAUGCGCUCUCAGACUUGGAACCGAUCCGGAUCGAGUCAGCACUGCUCAAACCGAAGGUGAUGAUCGCCAUCGUGGCUCGCAAUUCCGAACACAGCCUUCCUUAUUACCUGGGCUGCAUCGAACGCUUGGACUAUCCCAAGGACAGGAUAGCUAUCUGGGCAGCAGCAGACCACAGCAUGGAUAACACCACGGCCAUGCUGCAGGAGUGGGUGUCCGGAGUGGAGGGACUGUAUCAUUCAGUACGACUCCAGACCAUGGAACAUGGGAGCAGUUCCUAUGCUGAUGAGCUCGGCCCCAAGCACUGGCCAGAUUCCAGAUUCAUCCAUGUGAUGAAGUUGAGGCAGGCUGCUCUCCAAUCAGCUCGGGCUCAAUGGGCUGACUACAUCCUGUUUGCAGACAGCGAUAACUUGUUGACGAACCCGAAGGUCCUGAGCCAGCUGUUAGCCGAGAACCACACACUGGUGGCCCCUAUGUUGGAAUCCAGAACGCUUUAUUCUAACUUCUGGUGUGGAAUGACUGCGCAGGGAUAUUAUAAGAGAACCGAUUCCUACAUUCCCAUUCGAAACUGGAAGAGGGUUGGGUGCCACGCCGUGCCAAUGAUUCACUCCACCAUGCUGCUGGAUUUACGCCGCUACACCAGCCGCAAUCUGACCUUCUACCCGCUCCACCAGCUCUACCCAUGGAUCCUGGAUGAUAUCCUGGCAUUCUCCUUUUCAGCCAGACAGGCAGGAGUACAGAUGUUUGUGUGCAACAGAGAGCAUUAUGGGUAUUUGCCUGUGCCACUGCAGACCCAGCAGACUCUGGAGGAUGAGACGGAGAGCUUCAGCCACACGCUCACCGAGGCGAUGAUUGAUUUCGACUUGGAGCCUACACGCUAUUUGCACAAGGCUUCGAGAAACAAAGAGCGAAUGGCGUUCGACGAGAUCUACAUCAUUAAUCUACUGCGGCGCACGGACCGUAGGUCACGAAUGUUGCGGACUUUGGAUGUUUUAGGGAUCGAAGUGACGUUGACUGAUGCAGUGGAUGGCAAGGCUCUGAACUCGUCACAGCUACAGGUUUUGGGCAUUGAGAUGCUGCCCAGCUACCGAGACCCCUACUCUGACAGAGCGCUCACUAAAGGAGAGAUCGGAUGUUUUCUCAGCCAUUACAACAUCUGGAAGCAGGUGGUGGAACGUAAACAACAGCAGGUACUUGUGCUAGAGGAUGACAUUCGCUUUGAACUUAACUUCAAGAAACGCCUGAACACAAUCAUGAAGGACGUACAGCGGACGCGGCUCCAGUGGGAUUUGAUAUACGUGGGCCGUAAGCGGUUGCAGGUGAAGAAUCCAGAACGCUGGGUGCAGGGGAUAAAGAACCUGGUUUACCCUCAUUAUUCCUAUUGGACUCUGGGAUACGCUCUCUCUCUUCAAGGUGCUAAGAAACUGCUGGAGUCAAAACCUUUGGGCAAAAUGCUGCCAGUAGAUGAGUUCCUGCCGGUUAUGUUCAACAAACACCCCAAGGAAGAGUACCUGGCUCACUUUAAGCAGAGGGACCUGAUAGCGUUCUCAGUGGAACCUCUCCUAAUCUACCCAACCCACUACACAGGCGAACCAGGCUAUAGCAGUGACACCGAGACAUCCACCAUCUGGGACAAUGAGAGCAUUAACACAGACUGGGAUCGUCAGCAUUCCAAUGAAAAGCAGAACCGUGGAGAUGCAGCCACUUUACCUACUUCAGAUGGGGGCAGCAGAGAUGAACUCUAA